AUGCUUAAUUGUAAUAAUAACCAAUUAACUACUCUUGACUUAACUAACUCGGGUAAAUUAGAAGGUCUUAGGUGUGGCGAUAACUAUUUGGAAUAUUUGGCUCUUUCUCCUCUUCAAACUAAACAGUUAACUUAUUUGUAUGCCGAAAAUAACAAUUUCCUUUCCCAGGAUUGCUCUGUUUUUGGAAAAAGUGUUAAUUUGAGGGAAUUAAAAAUAGGCAAUCACAAUCAAAUAAAGAUUAAUCAAGGAGUUUAUAAUCGAUUUACUGGCUCUUUAGAGCCCUUACAAAAUCUGGGAAAACUGGAAUAUUUAGAUAUUAGCAGCACUGACAUUGAUGAUGGAUUAGAAUAUUUACCAGAAAAUAUUAAAGUUUUUUCUUGUGAAGCAGACAAAAGGAAACAGGCAAAAGUAAAAGUCAUUCAAGAAGACUGGGAAUGUUUCAAUCAUGAUUUAAAGAAAUACAAAGAUUUUGUUAAUAAGCCUGAUGACAAUCAGAAAUUAUUAGACCAAUGA